ACCCAGCGUGAUUUGUGAGGCUGGGCCCCAACAGUCCAAAGAAGCAAACGGGCUGCCACCUCCGCGGGGCUCACUCCUCGAGAGGUGUUCACCUCGUAUCUGCCAUGCAAAACGAGGGAGCGUUAUGAAGGAAUCCGUCUUGUAAAGCCAUUGGUCCUGGUCAUCAGCCUCUACCCAAUGCUUUCGUGAUGCUGCUGCUGAUCUAUUUGGGAAGUUGGCUGGCUGGCGAGGCAGAGCCUCUCCUCAAAGCCUGGCUCCCACGGAAAAUAUGCUCAGUGCAGCCGCGUGCAUGAAUGAAAACGCCGCCGGGCGCUUCUAGUCGGACAAAAUGCAGCCGAGAACUCCGCUCGUUCUGUGCGUCCUCCUGUCCCAGGUGCUGCUGCUGACAUCUGCAGAAGAUUUGGACUGCACUCCUGGAUUUCAGCAGAAAGUGUUCCAUAUCAAUCAGCCAGCUGAAUUCAUUGAGGACCAGUCAAUUCUAAACUUGACCUUCAGUGACUGUAAGGGAAAUGACAAGCUACGCUAUGAGGUCUCAAGCCCAUACUUCAAGGUGAACAGCGAUGGCAGCUUAGUUGCCCUGAGAAACAUAACUGCAGUGGGCAGGACUCUGUUUGUCCACGCACGGACCCCGCAUGCAGAAGACAUGGCAGAACUCGUGAUUGUCGGGGGGAAAGACGUCCAGGGCUCCUUGCAGGAUAUUUUUAAGUUUGCAAGAACUUCUCCUGUCCCAAGACAAAGGAGGUCCAUUGUGGUAUCUCCCAUUUUAAUUCCAGAGAAUCAGAGACAGCCUUUCCCAAGAGACGUUGGCAAGGUAGUUGAUAGUGACAGGCCAGAAAGGUCCAAGUUCCGGCUCACUGGAAAGGGAGUGGAUCAAGAGCCUAAAGGAAUUUUCAGAAUCAACGAGAACACAGGGAGCGUCUCUGUGACACGGACCUUGGACAGAGAAGUAAUCGCUAUUUAUCAACUAUUUGUGGAGACCACUGAUGCCAAUGGCAAAACUCUCGAGGGGCCGGUGCCUCUGGAAGUCAUCGUGAUUGAUCAGAAUGACAACAGACCAAUCUUUCGAGAAGGCCCCUACAUUGGCCACGUCAUGGAAGGGUCACCCACAGGGACCACGGUGAUGCGGAUGACAGCCUUUGAUGCAGAUGACCCUGCCACGGAUAAUGCCCUCCUUCGGUACAAUAUCCGUCAGCAGACGCCUGACAAGCCAUCUCCUAACAUGUUCUACAUCGAUCCUGAGAAAGGAGACAUUGUCACCGUUGUGUCACCUGCGCUGCUGGACCGAGAGACUCUGGAAAAUCCCAAAUAUGAAUUGAUCAUCGAGGCUCAAGAUAUGGCCGGACUGGAUGUUGGAUUAACGGGCACAGCCACAGCCACGAUCAUGAUCGACGACAAAAAUGAUCACUCACCAAAAUUCACCAAGAAAGAGUUUCAAGCCACAGUCGAGGAAGGAGCUGUGGGAGUCAUUGUCAAUUUGACGGUUGAAGAUAAGGAUGACCCCACCACAGGUGCGUGGAGGGCCGCCUACACCAUCAUCAAUGGAAACCCCGGGCAGAGCUUCGAGAUCCACACCAACGCCCAAACCAACGAAGGGAUGCUUUCUGUCGUCAAACCAUUGGACUAUGAGAUUUCCGCCUUUCACACCCUGCUGAUCAAAGUAGAAAAUGAAGACCCACUCGUACCCGACGUCUCCUACGGCCCCAGCUCCACAGCGACCGUCCACAUCACCGUCCUGGAUGUCAACGAGGGCCCAGUCUUCUACCCAGACCCCAUGAUGGUGACCAGGCAGGAGAACAUCUCUGUGGGCAGUGUGCUGCUGACGGUGAAUGCCACAGACCCCGACUCCCUGCAGCACCAAACCAUCAGGUAUUCUGUUUACAAGGACCCAGCAGGUUGGCUGAAUAUUAACCCCAUCAAUGGAACUGUUGACACCACAGCUGUGCUGGACCGUGAGUCCCCAUUUGUCCACAACAGCGUGUACACUGCUCUCUUCCUGGCAAUUGACAGUGGCAACCCUCCUGCUACGGGCACUGGGACUUUGCUGAUAACCCUGGAGGACGUGAACGACAAUGCCCCCUUCAUUUACCCCACAGUAGCUGAAGUCUGUGAUGAUGCCAAAAACCUCAGUGUGGUCAUUUUGGGAGCAUCAGAUAAGGAUCUUCACCCAAAUACGGAUCCUUUCAAAUUUGAAAUCCACAAACAAACCGUUCCUGAUAAAGUCUGGAAGAUCUCCAAGAUCAACAAUACACAUGCCCUGGUCAGCCUUCUUCAAAAUCUGAACAAAGCAAACUACAACCUGCCCAUCAUGGUGACAGAUUCAGGGAAACCACCCAUGACAAACAUCACAGAUCUCAGGGUACAAGUGUGCUCCUGCAGGAAUUCCAAAGUGGACUGCAACGCGGCGGGGGCCCUGCGCUUCAGCCUGCCCUCACUCCUCCUCCUCAGCCUCUUCAGCUUAGCUUGUAAGUUGGCCUAACUCCAGUGCAUGCACAGGUCUGUGAGAACGCCUGACAUCUGAAGCUUGACUUCCAAGUUUCCAUAGCAACAGGAAAAAGAAAAAAAAAAAUCUAUCCAAAUCUGAAGAUUGCGGUUUACAGCUAUCGAACUUCACAACUAGGCCUCAAUUGUUCCAGAUUUUUGUUUCUUUGCAAUUUCACUUAGUCUGUACUUCAUCAUUUUGACAGCAUCUUCCUCCCUCCUUUGAUUAAUGGAAUUUUCUGCAUUUUCCCUGAAUGUUUAAAGAUCGUGACAUAUGGCUCGAUCUUCUGGGAGCAGGAAGAAUGACUACUUUCUCUGGUGUGUUAACAUGUCACUAGCCAGUGCUCCAGGCACCCAGCUUUGUCUGUGGGUUAGUAUUGGUAAAUGUAUGAGUAUCUGUAUGUGUAUAUACACGGUAUUUAUAGAGAGAGACUAUCCCGGAGAAGCCUUGUUUUGAUGCUGUUCUUCCUUGCCAGGUUAAGCAAGGCAGGGUGAAAACUAAGGCAACUGAACCCUCCAGGGUCUCCCACAUCAAGGUCAGCAUGAGGACAAACCACAGAGCUGUCACUUUUGUUCUGAAGCUACUUCUCCAUUGUCCCGUUCAGUCUGAAUGAUGCCACAGCCAGCCAGGCAGGUCCACAGAGAGGGAGAGCAGAGAAAGAAGUCCUUUCUCUUUAUUGAGUUUGAGGACUACAACCAAUUUUCACUGCCAUCCGAUACCAUGAUCCUGUGCCAAGGUGGUGAGGAGCAGAGCAGGCAAUUUCACCACCAAAUGCCAAGAAAAGGGCUGACAUUUGCUUUCUGGGCAUCCACCUGCAUGUGUAUGUGUCCCGAAUCCACAGUCACACUGAUUCUUACGGGGACACAGAUCAUGGUAGAGAAUCUCUCCCUCCUGAGUAAAGGUACAACUGCAAAUGUCAUCAUGGAGGUCACACAUGCAUACAAAGAGGUCUACAGGUCCCAUCUUGUAUACACAUAUAUACCCACAUGUACAGACAUACAUUUAUGCACAUUCACUCUGUUUGUUUCAUAUAUACAGGCAUAAAAUAGAGUAAAUACAGGUAGUUUUAAAAGUACCCUUUUGUGUGAAUUGACUACCGUUGUUUGCAAACCUGAAAAUAAAAGAUGUUCAUUAUGUAUGAAAAGUAACUGAUUUGUAUUCUGUGAGCAUGUAAAAGCGGAAAGUUAGUGCUUGUUCUAAGAUUACCUUCUUGUUGAUAAACCGUAAAUGAAUCAUCAAAGCUCACACCAAAUUUUUCUAUCAAACAAAAACUAGUGACAGCUUGUGGCUUUUUAUUAGAGCUCGCCACGAACUAGGGUAAGGUAAGUGUCUUAGCAUAUGUUAAUGCAGCUGCUUACUAAAGGUUUUAACCGCACACGCACACACACAUGCUUUCUUAUGCAAUCUAUGUUUGCACUGUGCUUUUCAGUUAGCCUUCUGUAGGAAGUAGAAGUCAUAUGUUGUCUUUGUUGUAGUGAAAUUAUACAGAUAGAGUUUCCAUAUAUUGUGUUUGUUUCAAUAGUAAAUCUUUUUGGAACAUAUAGAAUGCAGAAUUUUUUUUCCAUUAAAAUAAAUGGGUGUUGGUGGUUAAAACUG